AUGGGUGUACCCGAUGUUGAGACGGGUGUGGCCCCGGCCAGUGUCAAGGCCCCUCCCAUCCACGCCACCAACGAUGUGAAUCGCGUCGAAGCCCCCGUUACCUUGAAGGCCUACCUCAUGUGCGCCUUUGCCGCCUUUGGUGGUAUCUUUUUCGGUUAUGAUUCCGGUUACAUCUCUGGUGUCAUGGGCAUGCAGUACUUCAUCCAGAUGAUCGAGGGCCCCGAAGCCACCGCCCUACAAGCCUGGAAGAAGUCCUUGAUCACUUCCAUCCUCUCUGCUGGUACAUUCUUCGGUGCCAUUAUCGCUGGUGACCUUGCCGACUGGUUUGGGCGUCGCGCAACAGUCAUUGCUGGAUGCUUCAUCUUCCUCAUUGGUGUUGCUCUCCAGACCGCCUCGGCUGGUCUGGGUCUCAUCGUUGCUGGUCGUCUUGUCGCUGGUUUCGGUGUCGGUUUCGUGUCUGCCAUUCUCAUCUUAUACAUGUCUGAGAUUGCACCCAAGAAGAUUCGCGGUGCUAUUGUUUCUGGCUACCAAUUUUGUGUCACUAUUGGUCUUCUCCUGGCCUCCUGCGUCGACUACGGCACCCAAAACCGUACCGACAGUGGCUCCUACCGAAUCCCCAUUGCCCUCCAGAUCCUCUGGGCCGGUAUUCUGGCAGCCGGUCUCUUCUUCCUCCCCGAGUCCCCCCGUUUCUUCGUCAAGAAGGGUUCGCUCGACAAGGCUGCCGGUGUGCUCUCGCGCCUGCGUGGCCAGGCUAUCGAAUCUGAUUACAUCCAGAACGAGCUAGCCGAGAUUAUUGCCAACCACGAGUACGAGAUGUCGGUCAUCCCCCAGAGCGGCUACUUCGACAGCUGGAUGAACUGCUUCCGUGGAUCGCUGUUCCAGGGUAACUCCAACCUCCGCCGUACCAUCCUUGGCACGUCGCUGCAGAUGAUGCAGCAGUGGACUGGUGUCAACUUCGUCUUCUACUUCGGUACCACGUUCUUCCAGGACCUUGGAACCAUUGAGAACGCGUUCUUGAUCUCCUUGAUCACCACCCUUGUGAACGUGCUGUCGACUCCCAUCUCCUUCUGGACCAUUGAGAGAUUCGGUCGCCGAGCUCUGCUUAUCUAUGGCGCCAUGGGAAUGGUCGUCUGCCAAUUCAUCGUCGCCAUCAUCGGCACCGUCAAACCUGGGGAUGCCACCGCAACCAAGGCCAUGAUCGCCUUCAUCUGCAUCUACAUCUUCUUCUUCGCCUCCACCUGGGGUCCCGGCGCCUGGGUUCUCAUCGGCGAGAUCUACAGUCUGCCCAUCCGCUCCCGCGGUGUUGGAUUGUCCACGGCCAGCAACUGGCUAUGGAACUGUAUCAUUGCUGUUAUUACCCCCUACAUGGUUAAUCCCGACAAGGCCAAUCUCGGUGCCAAGGUCUUCUGGGUCUGGGGUUCCCUGUGCUGCUGCUGCCUCGUCUACGCCUACUUCCUCGUCCCGGAAACCAAGGGUCUUACUCUUGAACAGGUCGACAAGAUGCUCGAGGAGACCACCCCGCGCACAUCGGCCAAAUGGGUCCCAACCACGACCUUUGCUUCUCAAAUGGGUUUCAAGGUUGCCGCCGAGCACGAUGAGAAGGUUGAGCGUGAUUAG